AACCGAACUUGAUGGUGAAAAGAGGAGGCGUGACGACCAAUGGAUGCGUGCGUUAGCAGGUCUGGCCAAUGGAAAUGCGCAGAGGGCUUUUAGUAAGGGCGGGACUACAGCGAGGGCCAAUGGUAGAGCGUGGUGGCGCCAUCAGUGUGCGCUGUGCCGCGGCUGGAAGUUGCUGUGCGGCGGCGGCUAAGAAGGCGGCUGUGGUGGCGGCGCCUCGGUCGGCGACGGAGGGAACAGAAAAUGGCAGACUUUUUGAAAGGGUUGCCGGUCUACAACAAGAGCAAUUUUAGUCGGUUCCAUGCUGACUCCGUGUGCAAGGCUUCGAACCGCCGCCCCUCCGUCUACCUGCCCACCCGGGAGUACCCGUCAGAGCAGAUCAUUGUGACAGAAAAGACAAACAUCCUCCUACGCUACCUACAUCAGCAAUGGGACAAAAAGAAUGCUGCCAAGAAGCGGGACCAGGAGCAGGUGGAGCUGGAGGGCGAGAGCUCGGCGCCGCCCCGCAAGGUGGCGAGGACGGACAGCCCGGACAUGCACGAGGACACCUAGGCCUCCCGCCGCCGCCUGCCCUGUGUGUAAGCGCCCGCUCGCCCGCUCCACACCACUUCCAACCUCACAGGAGCUGAUGUAUUUAUUUUCCUCGAGUUUUAUUUAUGCCGUAACACGUGUCACGCGUUGGUUAGAGGGGACUCAGUCCCAGUAGUGUGAUGUUGUGCUCACCUCCCCACCCAGCCCCACCCGGGACCAAGUGUGUCCUCGAGUGUCGGGUGCAGGGGUGGGCUGGGGGAACAGUGCGUGGCCUGUGGGCCCGUGAGGGCAGCGCGCCCCGGAUGUUAGCGUUUCAUCAUGGACUCGCGCGUGCUCCGUGUGCUCCCCAAUAAAGGAUCUUUCCUG